CAACAUAUUGUUGACGCCACCAUGUCACAUCUGUUCCUCCAGAUGUCAGCAGUGUUGUUGGUGAUAUUACGUUCAGAGAGCGCGCCGUCAGUUGGCAGACUUUCCCAAGUUGAAUGGGAGAGUUAUCAUGAACUGGAGCACCAAGGUCCUGGAACAUACACCUUUGGAUACGACGUGGAAGAUCCUGCCAACGGAAACACGCAGUUCCGGCAGGAGGAGCGCCUCCCCAACGGCACAGUGACCGGAAGUUACGGAGUAGUGGAGCCGGACGGAAACGUGAGAAUAGUACGCUACAUUGCCGACAGCAUGGGCUACAGGGUCACCAUUGAAAACAGCAAGAAGCGUUAUGGACGACACUCAUCAGCUGGUGGCUUUGUGGGCAGUAACUCUGAUGCCGAAGCUAUUUAUCCACGCCAAAUUAACUCCAUACCAAUAAAUCAAAUAUCAGGAAAACAACAAAAUUUCGAAUACAACAAAUUUCAAAAUUCAAAACUUUAUUCUCCAGCAAAUUCUCUAUAUUAUUUUUACAAAAACAAGCUUAGUCCUUCAACUGAGUUAAAUGUAUUCAAUUAAUAAAUUAGUUUCUUGUUACUUCACAUAUUAGAAGUUCUGCCAUAUUCGCAGCGAUGUUCUAAAUACUUGCUUACUUCACGGAGCAGUGUUCAUCUUAAGAAGUGCUCAGUUUGUCAAGAAAUUUCUCGGUGAACCGAAGGUUUAUUAUCAUAUUCGCAAAAGCCAUCCAGUGGUCUCUGUCCUAAUCCAGGUUCACCCACUUGAUAUUUUCAUGAUCUGUUUCCUUAAGACCAAUUUUAGGGACCCCACUUCUAGAGUAUUUUAGACUAAAAUUUUGUAUGCAUUUACCAUCUCUCUCAUUUGUGCUACAUAACCCGUUUAUCUCAUCCUUCUUGAUAUUCUUUCAUUAGACUAAACGAACACAAUCUAAACACGUUGAAGUUCAUUUCAUUGACAAAGAAUCACAUAUAUGUAUCAUUUUACAAUGUAUUUUUCAAUGUCUAUAAUAUUUACUACUCAAGAUUAUGAGUAUAUUGCCGAACAUAAUUAGACACUAAUGAAAAUGAAAGAAUACAUUAGUGCGUUUGUACCUAACCUGUUCACUUACACUCCAAAAACAGAGAGGUCAUCAAAUGCUGAACCUGAAUGUGGGCUGAGAGUCGGUAAGGUAUUCAAGUAAUUGAGCCUGUUAUAGCUUUCACAUUAAAGACCACUCCCUUACGAAGCAAUUGAGCUUGAAAACCUGGGUUUGUUAGUGAGCAUCAUCUCCCGAAUAAACAUCAUAGGGAAUCUGGGUUUGCUGUAACGGAGCAGGUACACCGCAAUAUUUCAGAGACCCCACAGUUAUCACGCUUCCCUAAUCAACGUUAGCUACGCCGCCUCUGAACAGACGAUCGUGUUUGCUGUCAGUUCAUUAGUUCGCAGUAUGACCGUUAACGUGAGUGGAGGCAAGCACAUCGUCGUAUUGGGGCCGAUAGUUCUGACGAUAAUGUCAACCACCGUGUAUCUGGAAUUCUCAUUUGGAAAAAGGAAACAGUAACUAAUAACAUUUUAUAGUCUUCUGUCUGUAGUAAGUAAACUUGAAUUCGUUUUAAGGCACACAUUUCUGAAGUGUCUGAGUGGCGCUUGUGGACAUAUAUCGCUAAGCAUUUACUUGAGAGCCGGUCACGGUA